UUGUUAUAACGUUCCACACAGCCUUGAAAAGUCGUUUUGGCGGUUGGGCAAUGCAGGCUGUAGCUAGGCAUAAGAACGUAUUUUCAAUAUUAAUGUGGUUAUUAAUUCAACUUAUGAAACUAUGUUGUACAAGUGGACAUCUGUGUAUAUUAUCCUCUAUCUCUGUUCACGAGCUAUAGCAGACCAGCCCUGGUGCCACAAUGGCUGUGAGAACAGCCCCUCUUUCUGGCCCUCCCUUCCCAACUCUCAGUGUGGUGGGGUCAGACAGUCGCCGAUCAACAUUGAUACUAACCAGCUGACCUUUGACCCCAGUCUCCGCAACCUCACCUUCAGUGACAUCACUAAUCCACACAGCAUCAGGUUCCUCACCAACAAUGGACACACAGUGAGCUGUGUGUUAGAGGAGGGCCUGAUGGAGGUGAGAGGAGGGGGGCUCCCUCAUGGCUACACGGCCGUCAUGAUGCAUUUCCACUGGGGAGGCGACUCACUGUGCCACCCAGGCUCUGAGCACACAGUGGAUUCAGUCAGAUACCCCAUGGAGAUCCACCUUGUGACACUGAAGGAAGGCUUGACAAUGGAGCAGGCUAAGACUGACCCGGAGAGGGUAGCAGUGUUUGGAUUCUUCAUAGAUGUGACAGGCGACCAAUGGCAUGUGGAAUCCUGGACGACUUUGACAUCAUAUCUGCUGAAUAUAACAGAGAAGGGUUCAUCAGUUGACAUAGUGCAGCCACUAUCCAUCAGUGAUCUGCUAGGAAGUGUGGACCUCACCAAGUUCUACCGCUACCAGGGUUCUCUGACCACCCCCACCUGCGAUGAAGUGGUGGUAUGGACCGUGUUCGAAGAGCCAAUCAAGAUACGGAGAGAUCUAGUGGAGCUGUUUCCUAAAACACUGAAGUACAGAGACAUCUACCGGCCAGUGCAGCGCCUCAACGGGCGCCCCGUCUACGCUUCCCCCGGGGUGUCAGUGUCCCCACUGGGCCGCGUUAGCAGCAGUCAGACUUCCAGCAGGGGGGCUCUCUCGCCCGGCCUAUUACUACUGCUACUACUGGGCUGGGGGUGA